CCGUAAAUGAGUAAGAACAUCGAGGGUGUAUUCGUCAAUCAAUUAAUUAUAUAUAAUUCCGUGAUCCCUCCUUCUUCUCCAAGAGCCUCGAGACUUUUCUUUCCUUUCGAAGACCCCUUUGAAUUUAUUCCUUCUCUUGGUCUCACAUUGUUCCAAGUUUCUAGGGCUUUUGGUCAUCGCAAUCCUCAAAAAACUCAGAGAUCGGAUUUUUCAAAUCCAGGAAGCUUCGUCCUCUCAUGGCGUCAUACACUCCCAAGAACAUUCUAAUCACUGGAGCGGCCGGUUUCAUUGCUUCACAUGUCGCCAACAGACUCAUUAGGAGCUAUCCGGAUUACAAAAUCGUCGUCCUUGACAAGCUCGACUACUGCUCGAAUCUGAAGAAUCUCAACCCGUCGAAACAAUCCCCUAAUUUCAAGUUCGUCAAGGGUGAUAUCGCCAGCGCGGAUCUCGUUAACUACCUGCUCAUCACAGAAGGCAUCGACACCAUCAUGCAUUUCGCAGCUCAGACCCACGUUGACAACUCGUUUGGUAACAGCUUCGAGUUCACCAAGAACAACAUCUAUGGAACCCACGUCCUCCUCGAGGCCUGCAAAGUGACUGGGCAGAUCAGGAGAUUCAUUCACGUUAGCACGGAUGAGGUCUAUGGCGAGACCGACGAGGAUGCAGUUGUUGGUAACCAUGAGGCUUCACAGCUUCUCCCAACGAAUCCUUACUCUGCAACGAAAGCUGGAGCUGAGAUGCUUGUUAUGGCGUAUGGUAGGUCGUAUGGGCUUCCCGUUAUAACAACACGUGGGAACAAUGUCUAUGGACCCAACCAGUUUCCGGAGAAGCUGAUUCCUAAGUUCAUUUUGCUGGCAAUGAGAGGGAAAGUUCUUCCCAUUCAUGGAGAUGGCUCAAAUGUUCGUAGUUACCUUUACUGCGAAGAUGUUGCUGAGGCGUUUGAGGUUAUUCUUCACAAGGGGGAAGUAGGCCAUGUUUACAAUAUUGGUACCAAGAAGGAGAGGAGAGUGAACGAUGUUGCGCAAGACAUCUGCAAACUCUUCGACAAGGACCCUGAGGCGAACAUCAAGUUUGUGGAGAACAGACCUUUUAACGACCAGAGGUACUUCCUCGACGAUGAGAAGCUGAAGAUCUUGGGAUGGUCUGAGAGGACCACCUGGGAAGAAGGGUUGAAGAAGACCAUGGAAUGGUACACGCAGAACCCGGAUUGGUGGGGCGAUGUUUCUGGAGCAUUACUUCCCCACCCGAGGAUGCUGGUCAUGCCUGGUGGGAGACACUUUGAUGGGUCUGAAGAGAACUCUGGAGCAGUCUCUUUAUCUGGAAACUCAAGACAGAGCCAGAUGGUGGUUCCGACGCCCAGAAGCAGUGCCUCCACUCAAAGCCCUUCACUGAAAUUCUUGAUAUACGGCAAGACGGGAUGGAUUGGGGGUUUGCUUGGACAGAUUUGUGAGAAGCAGGGAAUCGCUUAUGAGUAUGGGAGAGGGAGGCUUGAGGAUCGAUCAUCCCUCUUGCAAGAUAUUCUGAGUGUUAAGCCUACCCAUGUCUUCAAUGCUGCUGGUGUGACAGGGAGACCCAAUGUCGACUGGUGCGAGUCUCACAAAACAGAGACAAUCCGUGCCAAUGUAGCAGGCACUCUGACUCUGGCUGAUGUCUGCAGAGAGAACAGCCUCCUGCUGAUGAACUUUGCCACUGGUUGUAUAUUCGAAUACGACGAGAACCAUCCGCUAGGUUCAGGCAUUGGCUUCAAAGAAGAGGACACACCAAACUUCACUGGUUCGUUCUACUCGAAAACCAAAGCCAUGGUCGAGGAGCUGCUUAAGGAGUUUGAUAACGUAUGCACUCUAAGGGUUAGGAUGCCGAUUUCCUCUGAUCUAAGCAACCCGAGAAACUUCAUCACCAAGAUAUCCCGGUACAGCAAAGUCGUGAACAUCCCAAACAGCAUGACGGUGCUGGACGAGCUUCUUCCAAUCUCGAUAGAGAUGGCGAAAAGAAACCUGAAAGGGAUUUGGAACUUCACCAACCCUGGUGUUGUGAGUCACAAUGAGGUCCUGGAGAUGUACAGAGACUACAUCGACUCAGACUUCAAAUGGGCAAACUUCACACUAGAGGAACAAGCUAAGGUCAUCGUGGCUCCUAGAAGCAACAAUGAGAUGGACGCAUCUAAGCUCAAGAAGGAGUUCCCUGAAUUACUCUCAAUCAAAGAGUCUCUUAUCAAAUACGCCUUCGCGCCCAACAAGAGAACUUGAGGUAGCAGAACUUAUCUCAGUUUUGUUUAAACUGGUUUGUGAUUAGUUUCUCCCCCGAGUCUUAAACCAAAAGCAAACUAGCUUUGCCUUUAGGUUUUUUCCAUUAAGGGGUAUAUCUAGUUAUAUGUUUUUGUUUUGUUGGUAUUGUGUUACUGUUCCACAUUGGAUAGAUUAAAACUAGUUUUCCAUAUUAUUUGCUGAUAAUAUUACAAAUUCAAGACCUAAUAAGGUUUAUAAACUGUUUGAUGAUAGAAAACUCUCAAUCUUUAUUUCGUUUGGUUUUGGUCUCUAUAAAGAAAAGACUGGGAACCAUACAAUUGCUGAAACAACUAAGAAAAUGGGAAUGCCACUAAGUGUCAUGCUCCUACAUUUCAGAGCAGUGGUCUCUUAUUAGGCACAAAUGAUUAAACAAAAGACUGUCAAAACGAUUCAGUCAACAUACUUGAGAGUUUGGCUUCUUGACUCUCGUUGGUCAUUGGAGUGUUUCCAAUUUGCGUUUGCGUUGCGAAAAUGAGCCAGCCGUUGUUGUUGUCUUUGUAUCUGCAACUGCGAGCAUGUGGAGCAAAUCCACAACAUGGUGAGAUGAGUCAAUGACGUAGCGAGCUUUUGUGCGAGCUUGUCCAAUGGCUGCAGAGAAGUAAUUCUCUUUCUUGAGGUCAAGAACGUUCUGUGAAACCUUCUUCUUCUUCUUCUUCUUCUUUAGGGAGUGAUUACUUGAACAAGACCUCGACCUAGUUCCAUGAGAUAACCUGGAAGGCGAGAUCUUUGAUUCGAAGAAUGUGUAAAUGUCUUCGUC